UCUGCUCAUCAGCACAGCCCUGGAUCAGAAGCUGCAUCAGGUUGCCGGCAAAAAAUUUCUGCCAAGGGAUCAGGCCUUCUGGCAAAAUGGAAUGGAAUGCAUCUUGUGAAUACUGGGAGGCCACGCAGACUGCCCUGGAAAGCUGCUACCUUCCCGUUUUUUAUGGCAUUGAGUUUAUCGUGGGAAUCCUUGCGAAUACGGCCGUCGUUUUCGGCUACCUCUUCUGCCUGAAGAACUGGAGCAGCAGUAACAUCUACCUCUUCAACCUCUCUAUCUGUGACUUGGCAUUUUUGUGUACCCUUCCCAUGCUGAUGAGAAAGUAUGCCCAGAGACAAUGGCCAUACGGGUACGUGCUGUGUAUAAGCAACCGAUACAUACUUCACGCCAACCUCUAUACCAGUAUUCUUUUCCUCACUUUUAUCAGCAUCGAUCGAUAUCUGCUCAUGAACUAUCCUUUCCGGGAACACCUCCUGCAAAAGAAAGCAUUUGCUAUUUUAAUAUCUUUGGCCAUUUGGGGCUUAGUAACCUUAGAGCUCCUGCCCAUACUUAUUUUUAUACAUUCUGAUGACAAUGGCACCAACUGUACUGAUUAUGCAAGUUCUGGGGACCCCAAUCACAGCCUCAUUUAUAGCAUGUGUUUGACCUUUCUGGGCUUUCUCAUUCCCCUUUUUGUGAUGUGCUUCUUUUAUUUCAAGAUUGCUCUCUUUCUAAAGCAGAGGAACAGGCAGCUCACUACAGCUUUGCCCCUUGAGAAGCCUCUCCACUUAGUCAUCAUGGCAGUUGUGAUUUUCUCUGUGCUUUUUACUCCCUACCACAUCAUGCGAAACGUCCGGAUUGCUUCACGCCUGGAGACCUGGAAGAAGUCCCCAUGCACUGAAGCCAUCAUCAACUCCUUGUACAUCUUGACAAGGCCAUUGGCCUUUCUGAACAGUGUCAUCAACCCUGUCUUCUAUUUCCUUCUGGGGGAUCACUUCAGGGAGAUGUUGAUGAAUAAACUGUGGCAUCACUUCAAGGCCCUUACAUCCUUCAGGAGAUGAGCUCGUGGACGGACAUUUUCACUCGGGAAUAGUGAGGUGCCCGUGUAACAUUGUUUUACAGAAGCAGCUGUAGGCCAGGUAGAGUUUAACUCAGACAUAAAUUAGAGAGGCCCACAGACUUGACCCUGGUUUAAAGGCAUGCUGGACCCAGGGUGUGUGAAAAGAAGAUGAUGGAAGGUAUUUAUUGGUUUCUUGACCUAAGCAUUGAAAGGAGUUGGACUAGCACUAUCUAAUGUUUGAGCACAUAAGUCCAAAAUUCUAGGUGAUAUAAGACCCUCUCAACCAGUGUAAAAGGAACAGAAGAUAAAGUCACAAGUUGUUUGUGUUUAAUCACUACUUAGAUUAUAAAAAAAAAAAAAAAUUGUGUUGACAAUAUUCUGUAUGUUAUUCAUGUGUGUGUGUGUUAGUUGCUCAGCCGUGUCCAACUCUUUGUGACCCCAUGGACUAGAGCCCGCCAGGCUUCUCUGUCCAUUGAGUUCUCCAGCCAAGAAUGCUGGAGGGGGUUGCCAUUCCCUUCUCCAGGGGAUCUUCCCAACCCAGGGAUCGAACCCAGGUCUCCCACAUUGCAGGCAGAUUCUUUACUACUGAGCUACCAGGGAAGCCCAUACAAGGUUACUCAUACAAUCCCAUAAUCUUUUGUGAGGACCAAAUAAGAGAAGAUUAGUCAUGUGUUGUUAAGUAUUGUUGCUAGAAGUUGUGCUCUUGAGCAAAUUUAGAGAUAAUAGUAGCAACAAAGAGCAGAGAAAAUAUAACUGGUUCAAAUAUGCCUAUAUUUCUUUAUAUUGAUUAAGAAAUGGAGUCCAGUUGUAAUUAUAAAUCCUUUUUUGUUGUUAUAUGGUUUUUAGUGCAAAAAAUCAUAUUAAAUAGAACCCAAAGAGAUGAUUUCUUAAAGAGAGACAUGUUUGAGCUCAGCUCUCAGGGGACUUAGGUGUAAGUGGCUUUAUAAAAAUAAUAGAGUCAGAUUCCAAGGAUAACUGUAAAAAUUCCAAAGUCAUAGAACACAAAGCACCUACCAGGAAACUCAAAGGAAGACAAAACAAAACAAAGUCAGUUUUUAUAAUCAGUGUACCAUCUGGUAUUUUAUGAUCACAAUGUGAUUUUCAGUGCAUGGAAGUAUAUUAAGUUCAUUAGCCUUCCUGCUCUUGAUUAAAUAGUAAACUUUGAAAUAUAUUAGUAUCAUAAAACCAGCAUAUAAGAGGAAGGGAAAUGGUAAUGCCAAAACUUAUUGAGUUAAUUAUUUUCCUUUUUUGGAGGGAAAAAUCAGUUUUUCUUCCCCCCCCUCCGCAUUGCCCCAAAUACACACACACUUAUUUUUUUUUUUUUUAAGCAAUGGGAUAAUUUAAAAGGACAAUUUUAUCUUGAGUGACUCAUAUCUGCAAUGAGACUUAUUUUCGUAGAUUAUUACCUAAGACCAUUGGAGGAAAUGUUUUAAACCAAAC